AGCGUGUGCAUGUGUCCACCCCACUGCCUGGCUGUGAUUUGCAUCUGUGAGCACAGCUGCAGCCAGUCUCCAUGUUUGUGCAGAGGAGCUGGAAGUCACUGCGUGCUGGAGGUGAGACCGGUGCAGCCCUGUCACGCCCGCAGCGCCCCCUUUCGGCCCGGACGGCCCACCACGCCCCGGCGCCUAUGAAAGGGUACCAUGUCAGCCGUAGCAUGUCCCAGCAUUCCUCCUCCGGUGGUGGCGGAGGAGCCCCCUGCCACUGCACGCCUGAGGACUGUGAUGGCCCGGGCAGAGAUUACUACCAGGGUCACAGCGAUGGCCACUAUUACCCUCCGGGUCCAGCUGAGGCCCUGGCGCUUGAGCGGCAUCAUUCCCACUCACACUCGCACUCCCAUAGCCACUCCGGAGGGGGGACCUUCCCCCGCUCGCACCCCAGCCAACACCCGCCUCUCCAGUCGUUUGACUCUUGCGAGGAGUGCCUGUCUGGCCACGGAGGGAAGAUGCACCGCAUUCCCCCAAAUCUGAUCGACCAGUUUGAGAAGCAGGUGCCCUUUCAUCCUGAUGGCUUCCACACACUGCAGUACCAGCGCACCACCAGCGGGGGCGCCGAGCAGCGCAGCGAGAGCCCCUCACGUAUCCGCCACCUGGUGAACUCCGUGCAGCGUCUCUUUGCCAAGUCCCAUUCCCUGGAGGCGCCAUCCAAACGUGAGUACAAUGGGACGAGAGGGGGCGGAGACUACCGUGGUGAGAGAGGAGGAGGCCACCGGAGUGGAGGGGAGGACAGUGGAGGCCACUACUCAGGUCACCAGCCUCGCUCCACCAGGAGGAGCAAGUCCCGAGAGCGCAGCAAGAGCGGAGACUCACGACACGAGUCUGGCAGACGCCAUCGCAGCAGGACAGCAGGCUGGUGGAGCUCUGACGACAACCUGGACAGUGACAGCAGCUUCCUGGUCAGCGGGGGCAGACGGGGGUAUCCCAGCGGACACGAGAGCCUUGACGCAGCCAUCCAGGAGCUCACCAUGAAGAGGCCCAAGGAACGUGGCGGUGGGCAGGGGCCAGGGCCGGGGCCGGGGCCGGGGCAGGGGCCUGGGGAGUGUGUGGCCUGUACCACAAUAGCUCUGGCUGGGAAUGAUGGAGGGGGACACCACGGGCACCACGGCCACUCCCUGAAAAGAAGCACCUGGUCAGCCAUGACAGUGAGUCAGGCCAGGGAGGUGUACCCUUCCACCAGGGGAGGAGGCUACGACAAAGCCCUUGUGCCCGUGGAGAGUAAGCUGAAGGAGAGGACCUUCCACUACCUGCAGGUCCCAUCAGAAGACUGGGGAGGUGGGUAUGGUGGUGGCGGCGUGGGUGACAGUGGAGGGGAGAUUCCGUGCCGCCGCAUGCGUAGCGGUAGCUACAUCAAGGCCAUGGGCGAUGAUGACAGCGCUGACUCAGACACCAGCCCCAAAGCCUCGCCGAAGUCCACCCUGAUCGCCCAGAGGGACGCCUUCAGACGGUCUAUCAGCAUGGAUCAAAGAUACUCGUGUAAGCAGUGCACGGACUCCUACCCCAACAGCCGAACUACACCCAAAACCCAUACCCGCUCUCGCAGUUACACUCGCUCUCUGACCAGCUCACAGCUGGGAGACACGCUGAACCGUCAGUUCGAGUCAGUGUGUGAGACCAUGUUCGGGGAGGUGGAGUCUCAAGCCGUCGAGGCCCUGGAUCUUCCCGGCGUGUUCCGCACCCGCAGCCACAGCUACGUGCGUGCCAUCCAGGCCGGCUGCUCCCAGGACGACGACUGCCUCUCCGUCUUCUCCAUGUCGGGCCCCCAGGGAAGCAUCAAGGGCGGGGCCGUGUGUCCCUUUUUCUUUCCUUAUCGUAAAGGUGCUCCUCCCCCACUCCCACCUCGCAUGUCCAAGUCUUCGCUCUCGGUGCGAGCCCAGAGCAGCACCGAGUCCACCCAGGAUGCCUACUUCCAGAACAGCGGACAGCUGACCUCAGGCUCAGGCCCUGGGCGCCCCAAGCAGCACAGCAACUCCGUGGACCUGGGCAGCACUGACGGCCCCUCAGGUCGCACCUCCAGAGGAGGAUACUACACCGCCACGGGCCCUGGAAGAUCCCGACAGCACAGUAACUCAGCAGAGAGCCUAGAUGGGGUUAGGAGUUCGAGGGAGCUGGUGCCCUACGGAGGGGGUCCAGGAGUUGGGGUGAGGGCCAAACACAGCAGCUCAGCUGACAGUCUGCUGGAGGGGCCACUGAGGCCGGCACGCGAGAGGGACAGCAGGGUCGGGGGCAGCCUGGGGAAGUCGGUCUCGCUGCCUCAGAACAGCAUCGUGCUGAGUAAAGCUGGGGGGCAGGACGACGGACGUGGUGGGAGGAAGUGGAGGCCGUCCAUAGCUGUGCAGGUUGACAGUUCAGAGACUCUGUCAGAUUCAGACGCAGAGGGCAAAGCUCUGACAGAGGUCCACUCUAUAGGAGUCCAAGUGGAGGAAGACAAAAGGCGGGCUCGUUUCAAGCGCUCCAACAGCGUGACGGCGAGCGUGCAGGCCGACCUGGACCCCGAGGGCUUCCCGGGGCUCAGCAUCGCCGUGCCAACACAGGACAAGAGUCUCCAGUUCGGCUGUUCCUUCCAAAGACACUCGUCAGAGCCGGAGUCUGCUAGCCAGUACACAGAGUGCCACCGCACCGUCCACACACAGGGACAGUGGGCCUACAGAGAGGACUUUAUCCAGAGUGGCUACACCACUGAGCCCUGCCCAGCAGACCCACGGCCCCACCAGCACCCACACCUGCCCCCACGCUCCCACUCCCCUCUGCCCGUUGCCUCUGAGAGAGCUUGGGCAGGUACGCCGUCCCUGGAGGGCCCCCGGAGCCUGCCUGACUCGGGCCGAGCCUCGCCCUGCAUGAGGGACGGAGAGUUCUUCUUACGCCUCCUGCAGACGGAGGUGGAGAGGAUGGAGGGCUGGUGCCAGAACAUGGAAAGGGAAGCAGAGGAGAACGAGCUGCCAGAAGAGGUUCUCGAGCUGAUCCGAAAUGCAGUUGGCAGUGCCCAGAUGCUCAUGUCUCAGAAAGUCCAGCAGUUCUUCCGCCUCUGCCAACAAAGUGUGGACCCAUCAGCGUACCCCCAGCCCACCUCUCAGGACCUGGCAGGCUUCUGGGACCUGCUCCAGCUCAACAUAGAGGACGUCAGGGUCAAGUUUCAGGACCUCCAGAGGCUCAAGGACUUGAACUGGAGGCUCCCACCUGAAAAGAAGGAGGAUAAGAAGCUUCCUCCUCCCUUACCAAAGAAGCCAGUGGGCGGGGUGAGCGGCAGCCUCCGGGCAGAUAGCAUCGUGGAUGGUGGCGCCGGAGGUGGAGGAGGAGAAAGAGGAGGCGGGUCAGGGGGCCUGGUGGUGCCUCGCCUGGGCGGACAUACCCUACCCAUCAGGGAGAAGUCCCUGGACCUCGGGGACCGUCAGAGGACAGAAGCAAGGAGGAGGCUGCUGCAGACCAAGCGUACCGCCUCCUUUAGGCAGAACUCGGCCACGGAGAGCGCCGACAGCAUCGAGAUCUACAUCCCAGAGGCCCAGACUCGACUCUGAGCGUCCACUUCCUCACUUUCCCUCACUAACAAUCUCGGUCUUUCUAUGAGCCCGGUUUUGGAUCUUCUGUGGGUCAUUGCUCUUUGUCCUCUCCCCUCCCUUCAGCAUCUCCAUCACGUCACUUACCACAACUGCUAAUUUCACCUCUCUUGCUCAUUAAACAAGCAAUGACAGCCAUUUUAGUGUCUUGAAAUGUGGACGUUUUACUGAUACAGAAGCCUAGACCUGAAGCAGUAGCUAGCAGAUGUGAAUAAUGGGCUUUUUUAAGAAUUCUUUUUGGUUGACGACAAAGAGGAAACAGUCCACUUUUGUAACAGUAGUCAGCAGAGGUUCACGCAGUAGUAGCAUGCCUGUGCGUGUUCACCUAGCACUUCUCCAUCACUGCAAAUAAAGGGCUUAACAGGCACAAAACCUCUGUGUGAGGAGAAGACAGAAUCUCCCAGUGAAUCCCUUGUUGGCAUCUCCCCAAUGCCAUUCGCAACGGAGUCAGCUAAGAUACAUCUCUUCACGGAUGCUACCAGUAUGGAUGAAUAAACAUGGAUUCACUCUCACCAUCACUUUAAAUGCCCUUAAAGUCAGAUGGCUGACAAUCCCCAAAGAACAUCCUCCAAGCAUAGUCAGUCAACUACAGCUGGCUCCUUUCACCCAGGUGCCAUCUGUCCACCCAGGCACCCAGUCAAAGAAUAUGGAACUAUUUUCUGCCUCUUUCCCCUCGUUCCUCACGUCCUCCAACAACCCCUCAGCAUUCAGCAGUGAGGCUGUUUGAAUGUGCAAGUGCUAUUUGUACAUAGUGUGCACACUCAUGUUUUGCCAAAAGGAGUUUUUGCAGUGUAGCAUCACAGCCUUGACAGCGAGAGAGCAUCGCAGACACAAAAUAGAAAAAGACAGAGCCGUUUGCUUUUUACAUAGUCUCUCUGAAGUUUGGAGUGUUCAGGGGUGGGGUUUCUGGGAAUUUUUAGGGGGGAUAUAUUUUUGGUGGCUGUUCAGGACUUUUACUGAGAAGGCCCCCAUUUCACUGUGAGACUAUAGCACCACCGAGUGGUCACAUGAGGACCCAAACCAACACCACUUUGUCUGCAGAGCGUUCUCUCCACCCUGAGUCAGGAAUUAACAGACGUGAUGAAACAGCCAUGAAAGAAGAUCAGUUUCUUUAGUCUUUUCUUUCCCUUGACACACAGUGUCUUUUCUCCUCUCUUCUAUCGAAUACUCAGAUUGGACCUUUCCCGAGACAUGUUUGCGUAGUUGAGAAGAUGAAGCAAAAGGAGGAGAGCUGGCAAAGUCUUCGCCUAACUUGGAAUACAGUCCUCUUAAUUUAGCACAAGGCUGAUGAGGAAAAAAACAAAAGGAGUCCCGUUCAAUGUAGCUCCCUCCACACCCCGUCCAAAGAGUCAUCACAGAGAGGAAACCAUCAGAUGUGAAACGACAGAAAAGAAGCUACUUGAUAGUGUUUGGUAAAUCCACUGAGAUUAAAUAACACUUUUCACAAAUGGCAACGUACUGUAUGUCUGCUGCACUAGGUGUUCCUUUCCCCCUCCUCUUUAUUUACUUCUUGAAAUCAUACUAUCCGGACAAAGUGUAGCAUGAUUUUUAAAAGCUUUGAGGGAGUCUCAUUUAUGAAUUUGUGUCCGGAGCAGACGUUUCUAAUUGAAGUAGUUUGUACGGAUGGUGCAUAUGUAGGCUCGUGUGCGUGCGUGUGGCGUGAAUAUGAAGGGCUUGCGUGUCAUGAGGGACGUGUGUGAUGAAGCCCAGUGAAUACUAAAAAUCCAAAUCAGCCAUUUUAAAGAGAACGGGGAAGAAAAAAAAAAAAAAAAACACACACAAAAUAUGGGGAUGACCAGUUUUCCUUUUCUUUUUUUCUAUUUGGAUGGAACGUGUUGGCAAAAUGGGAUAUUUUAAUGGGAGAUGUAUAUUUUAUAAUAUAAUCUACAUUUCUAGAUUAGUAGAGACUAUUGAGUACAGUAUAUGUAAAAAAAAAAAAGCAUAUAUCAAAUGUGAAAUUCUACAGUAUUAUUAUGAUAGAUUAUAGCAUUGUGUUAUACUACAGCUGUGUGGCAUAUCCAGACUCAGUACAUGUGAAAAAGAACUUCAAAUGAUUAUUAUCUUCAGUUUGUGAGUGCUGGGUCGGGUUCACAGGGUAUGUAACUGGCAAGAGUGUUACUUGCCAAGUAUGGUCCUCCAUAGGCCUACUGUAUAUCUGUCUGUGGUUCGAACAACAUAUACUGCUGUACAUCUCCUCCCUGUAUUUUCCUCUUUAGAACCAACUACAUGUGCCUAACCAGCUAUAUGUGGAGGUUUCCUUUGAACACAGUUUACAGUAUAUAAAUAGAAAGAUAUGUAAAUAGAAGAGUAUAAAAUCUCCAGAGAAUAUUGUCGAGGAAAAUGUUUUUAUUGUACCGACAUGCCACCCUUUGUCUCCCCUUCACUCUCCCUCACUCUCACGUGCAAUACACACUUAAGACUGGCGGACCUUUUCGUUGGCGUCGACACUGCAUGUUUUAUGUCGACCUCAUUUGAAAGAAAUUUAGCAGAAUCGACCUUUUCGACUGACAAAAUGUAAGCCAAAUUUUGUAGCCUCUGAACCAUUUUCUUUUUGUGAUCGAGGAAAAAAGAAAUUGAGAUUUUACAGUGCAGUUCUUUCAACGAGUCGCUUCUUUGUACAAAGAUUAUAUCCACGGAGGACAAUAAUACUGACGACCUUGAAACAGCAAUUGGUGUUUUGAUGUGAAUCUUAACAGAUCAAUUUAACCACCUCCGAGUGGAACGAAGCUGCCCUGGCGAAGAAAAAAAAAGAAAAGGGCUGAGAAUCAUGUUUAAUUCAUCUGCGGCAGUGUGGGCUGUAGAGCCGCCUUUUUAUCCCCUCAUCCUUCUCCUCUGUUACCCUCCAACUCGACAACAUCUCGGCGGUGUUUGACACAGCCCUCAUCAAACAAAGCACAAAGACCUGCUUUUAUACUGUUACUCCACUGUGAAGGCCUCUUGACUCCACCCUCACAGCCCUCGCACCUACGCACGGAGGGAUGGCAAGGUCUUUCUAUUACGAGUCAGGCUUGAGGGACACCAGGAAUCAAAGAGGCUUUGUGGGAUAUUUAUCCGCCGUAGCAACUACUACUUCUUCAAUUCUCGCUGACUUUCUCCUCUGUACUUUUGAUCACAUGUUGAGGUGUUAGCCAGCCACCUUGCCUUGAAACAGGUCCAUUGCAAACACACUUUCUGGUGGUAGGAUUUCCAUAUUUUCUGUCCAGUGUUUCAUCCAUCUAUCCUAUAUCCUCACUGUAUGAAUACAAGAGCCUCAGCUUAACAUAGCGCCUGGGUGUAUAGUUGUACAAUCGUGAUCUGAGCGCUCACCACCACACCACACGGACUUCUAUACGAACCCUUUCACCUCUUUCUAGAAGUGCAAAAACCCCUUGUGGACAGCCAGACGGACAAGUCAACUCCGAGUACCUCAGUUUCUAGCAGCAGUGUCUCCAACCCCGACCCAAGCCUCUGUCCUCAGGGGACACCACACAACCGACGGACCCAGGAAGUACAGGACCAGAUCAGUCCCGCAGGAACUUUGUCCAUGUUCUUUAAAAGACGGGGGUGGAUCCACUAAGCCCAGAUUCUCCAGUAGCCAUUUCCUGAGACUGGAGUGAAAGGAGUGGUGGUUGAGGCGAGAGCUCAGUUGUAGCCAACGUGUGUGUGUGCUGUAUACUGUACAUCUGCAGGAGGGUUGUGUAGCAGCAGAUUUGAGUUUUAGUUAUGUCGACAUUUCUGAGAGGCAGAGCUGCUCUGGAGGAAAACGCAAAGUCGGUCGGUUGAGUUCAACCUCAGCGGGAGAAGCCAAAGGAAUGUUUUUUUUCUGCUUUCCAAAAACCGAGCAGCUGUCAAAAAGUGGUGAAAAUGACCAUGUCUUGUUUUUUUUCUUCACUGAACAAACCCAGUUUUUCAGCAGUUGAAUGCUUGUAACUACCCGGCAACAGCACAAAAUGAGCAGGAAUUUAAUGUGUCUGUGUUGGAUUACUAGAUGACAUACGUGCAAUGAUUCCUGUAAAUCUCUCGUGCAUUUGUAGGCAAUUUAGGCGGAGUCCGCCACUGACACUGAAAAGUACUUUGUAUAAAAGUAAUUAUGGUGAGAGGAUAACCCUUUCACCAAACUCCUUUAACUGAACACAGCAGGCCAAAUUAUCAAUUGGUUUUUUCACGCACUAAUCAGUUUAGUGAUUUUGGGCUAUUUUGCCACCAUGAUAUGUUUUAUUUAAGACAAAUAGAAAGAAAAAUAUCUAAAAUACACAUUUUACAAAAUCUCUCUCUUUUUUUUAAACUCUAAGAUACAAAAAAUAAUUGUCUCAACAUAAUUAAUCACCUUGAGAAGUUUUAUGAUGAUAAUGGGUUGAUUAUUGUAAGGUAUUCUAUCUUAUUCACCUGCAGUGUCUUAUUUUUGCCUGAACAUAGAUGGAAUUCUACAAAACAUAUCCGCUUCAGUAGCUCCAACAUGCACCAAACUUUCCAGCUUUAUUCCCUCUAGUUUGUUCAUAAAUCAUUCAUCGCCUGGUUUUAUUCCAAAAAGUUGUUUAUGCAGUAUUUUAUGCUUUAAUGUAGGCAGAUGGUAAAAUGAGAGAUUCCAGAUUCCCUCUUUAAAAACCACUGAAUCUUGUAUCGAACUAAACAAAACAGGAAUUUUGAACCUGGCUUUAUUCAGAUUUCUGUUCUACAAAUGCUGCAAUAUUUAUUUAUCACAAGGAAUAAUCAGUUAAGAAUACUUAAUGUGAGCAAUCACCUGCUGAUGUUUCAUUGCUGAUAUCUAUUGGUUCAAUUCUCGCCCUCUUCACCUGCAGGGUUUUUCCUCAAAACGUUUUAUUUGGUUCAUCUCUCAGAGGUUUUACUCUCCUCUGCCUCCAGAGCAGCUCACACCCUUGAAGAUGUUUAACUGAAACUCUGAUGUGCCUUUAGCUCUGAGGUGUAACUGCAUUUGUGUGUACAGUGUGUGUGUGAGUGAGUGUGUGUGUGAGUGUGUGUGCGAGCAUGUGUGAGCGUAUCUACACAAAAAAUGAAUACCCUGCCACCCUCACGUUUACAAAAAUGUAAAUACCUGUUGCCAGUGGACAUUGCUCUUCUCAAUAUUACAUAUAUUGUUAUUACAAUAUGAUUAUUAUUAGUAUGAUUAUUGUCAUUAAAAGGAUUAAUUAUCGCCAUCACUCUCAUUAUUAUAAACGGUGUUGUCAACUAUAGCUAUGGGUAAACAUUGUUCUGUAUUCAAGGGCGAGUCUUGUGUACACUAACAAAAAAAAAAUAAUAGUUGAAUCUCUUAAAUCGCUGCUACCGAGGAGACGGAGUAGAAGAGAAGCAAACUGACAAUAACUCUGGGAAGACAUUUCUUUUCUCUGGGAUCAAUGAUGAACACUCCCGUGAGGAGUGAGAGAUCACCAAAAGAGGAAAGCAAGCGUUGAACGGAUGGACUGAAUGGAAGAUCCAAACAUGAGACCUUUUUCUUUCUCCAUGUGCAUUUAUUCCACUCUGAACUCUCAGUUCUGCCCGAGGAGGAAAACAACACGGACAUCAAGCCGACACAGACUCUACUCUCUCUGUAUUCUGCUCUAUAAUGUAGCAAAAUCUCAACAGCCCCUCGUUCUCCACUCUCUCCUCCUCGUUCAUCUCCUUCUCAUGUUUCUCACUGAACACCAUGAUUUUUAACCAGACGGGUUUGAUACGGCGAGCUUUUCUGUCUUUGAGCUCGGCUUUAUUUCUUGAGUUCUCUUCUUUUAUACGUUCGAUUCAGUGCCAAGACAGCAUAUUGUACAUACAAACAUUAAAUGCUUCUGUUUUUUUCCUCCGAUUAAAACAACUGACUGGGAGCAUAUAGCAAUAGUGAUGCCAUAAGAUGUGAACUUUGUUUCAUAAUGCCACCGGUGAUACACAAGAUGCAUGAGAACGCCACAGUGAGCUGGAGAUGCUGGAUGGUUGCGUGCAGGGCGGCAGCGGUGGUGGUGUUGGUGGUGGUGGGGGGCGCGGCGUUGCACAGUGACGUGUAAAAUCAUGAUUCUGUUUGUUGUGUUGUGGUUCUCAUAUGUACAUACAAAUUUAUUUAUUGAUCUUGUAUGUUUGAUGGAUCUAGAUGUGUCAAAAGGAGCACGUCCUGAUAGCGCUGAAGCCCAGAGAGAUGGCACACUGUGACGUGGUUUACCCCAACACAGAAUGUAACACUGUCAACGUUGUCAAAACAUUUUCUAAUGGCUAAUAUUAUUACUAUUAAUAUGAUUAUUAUAAAGCUAUUUUAGCGAGUUAAAUGA